AUGGCCCGCUCCUCUGUGUUCGCAUUAGCAACAUUAGCGAUCCUGCUAUCAUCUGCACAGGCGCAGUCCAAUACUUGGGAGCAAUGUGGUGGUCAAGGAUGGACAGGUCCAACCACUUGCGUGUCCGGGGCAGUUUGCACCGCUCUCAACUCUUACUACUCGCAAUGCGUUCCGGGUACUGCGACAACCACCUUAGCAAGCUCUACCGUCGCGACCACCACAACCGCCUCAGCACCGGGCUCGUCGAGCACCGCUCCCGCAGGCUCCGGGAAACUUCGUUUUGUCGGCGUUAACAUCUCAGGCUUCGACUUUGGUUGCAACACGGACGGAAGCUGCACUGCCAGCGCUGCCUGGCCACCACUCACCCAAUUCUAUGGCGCGUUUUCCUUGUUUGUCCAUCCAACUGCAUCUAAUCUGGUACCAGGACACGACGGGCAGGGUCAAAUGAACCAUUUCGUGAAAGAUGGGGGAUUCAACGUUUUCCGGCUGCCUGUUGGAUGGCAAUUCCUCACCAACGAUGUCAUCGGCCCCGUUUCUCAAGAUAACCUUACCAAAUACGACGCCUUGGUUCAAGCUUGCUUGAAUACUGCCUCGACGACGUAUUGCAUCAUUGACAUCCACAACUACGCGAGGUGGAACGGAAAGAUCAUUGGACAAGGUGGUCCAACCAAUGCCCAGUUUGCGGACACGUGGAGUACAAUCGCAACCAAGUACAAGAGCAACCCCAGAAUCAUGUUCGGAGUUAUGAACGAGCCACAUGACGUUCCCGACAUUGUUGCAUGGGCCGCCUCUGUUCAGGCUGCAGUAACUGCCAUCAGAAAUGCUGGCGCAACGACCCAGCUCAUUCUUCUUCCCGGAAAUAACUGGACGAGCGCGGAGACUUUCGUGAGCAACGGUAGCGCUGCUGCUCUUGCCAAAGUUGUCAACCCAGAUGGAACGACAAGCAAUCUCAUCUUCGAUGUUCACAAGUACCUUGAUUCAGAUAACUCGGGCACACAUCCCGAAUGCGUGAUGAACAACAUCGACAACGCAUGGUCCCCACUGGCGACAUGGCUCCGCCAAAACAAACGCCAAGCAUUCAACACUGAGACUGGUGGUGGGAAUACUGCGUCCUGUGCCCAGUUCUUGUGCCAGCAAAUUGCAUACCAGGCCCAGAACAGUGAUGUAUUCCUUGGCUACGUUGGUUGGGCGGCAGGCAAUUUCGACCCAAGCUACGUACUCUCAGAAGUCCCCACCAACAAUGGAGGCACUUGGACGGACACUUCACUUGUCGCACAAUGCAUCGCUCCCAAGGCUGGCGCGCAGAAACGCUCAAUAGCUUCGUUUGAACAAGCUUAA